UAGCUAAUAUGGCGGGUUUGGUUUUGGUUGGCGGAAGUUCACAUGGUUCUCACUUGGCGCCAUUGAGACGUACAAAGAAAAAGAGAGAAAAAGCAGUACGUAGUACCCACAAAAGACAUUUGAGAAUAGAGAAGGAUCAAGAACAGCCUUGAAAAUCAGUACCAUCCCUUUUAUUGAUCGCCAUCAUAACUCAUGUGAUCUUUCUGAACCAUAUAUUAGAUUUAGAGAAAUUUAGCCGUUGUUCUGAACAUUUUCGAUCUCCGUUGUUGGUUUUUUGGAAAGCAUUUUGCGGUGGUCAGAUGGACGGGACUACAAGAAAAAGAAGCUUGCUAAAAGUCAUUGUCCUUGGUGAUAGUGGGGUGGGAAAGACAUCUUUGAUGAAUCAAUAUGUUUAUAACAAGUUCAGUCAACGAUAUAAAGCUACAAUUGGUGCUGAUUUUGUCACAAAAGAAGUACAGAUUGAUGAUAAACAGGUCACUUUACAGAUUUGGGAUACAGCAGGGCAGGAAAGGUUUCAAAGUCUAGGGUCUGCAUUUUAUAGAGGGGCCGAAUGUUGUGUUCUUGUAUAUGAUGUAAAUGCACAUAAAUCAUUUGAAACACUGAACACUUGGCGUGAAGAAUUCCUUAAACAGGUAGAUCCGGCUGCACCCGGCAACUUUCCCUUUAUAUUACUUGGAAAUAAGAUUGACAAAGAUGGUGGAAACAGCCGAGUGGUAUGGACAUGGAUGCAUCCCUUACACUUGUUGCAUUUGUUCUUGGCAUAUAAUUUAAGGCAACCAGCGGUGCAGGUUUCUGAAAGGCAAGCUAAGGAGUGGUGUGCUUCCAGGACAAAUAUACCUUACUUUGAGACCUCAGCGAAAGAGGGCUACAAUGUUGAUGAAGCAUUUCUCUGUGUUGCUAGAGCUGCGCUAGCUAAUGAACAAGGAUGGGAUUUAGACAGUUACUUCCAGGGUAUCUCAGAAUCUCUAUCAGAUAUUGAACAGAGAGGAUCUUGUGCAUGCUAAAGUUGGUUCCCAUGGAUUGGAUCCUUCUACCAAGCAUCUACGGCUUUUAUAAUUCUUUUAUUACUGUUGUUUUUAUUACCAAUUUAUUUUUGGGUGAUAGGAGGUGUUUGAUCUUUUUCAAGUAUUCUAAUAUGCAUCAGUAUAGUUAUUAGGUGGUAAUUAUGCUGCUUAAUCGACAAAGCGAUCAAGUUCGUGUGACAUAAAAACCUGCAAAUUCUUGUACUCGAUGAACAUUCAAGCAUGCAUGUUUGUCUGCAAAGUUGUAAGUUAUCGCUGUUUUCUGAGCAAGGUGUAGAUGAAUUGAAUACAGUCUGGAUAUCAUUUCACACCAUUUCCUGGC